AUGAGGACUGUAGCCCAAAAAAUGCUAAGGACCUGCAACCAACUAUUCACAAGGAAGACCCCAAAUAACGACGCGGAGGCCCGCCUGUCAAACAUUGAAACUGCUGCGCAGAUGGAGAACAUUCGGCACCUUCGUGACCCGGAACCCACCCGGGAGUCUGAGUCGGAGGCGGUCGAUGAGCGCCCCCACCGCGGCGGCGGCGGCCGACUCCUGUCGGUCAUCGUGUGCGUCAACGUGCUCGUCCUGGGCUGCGCGCUGGUCAGCGGCAGAGCCUUCAAUAGCGUGGCCGUCACGGCCGUGCACCGCCAGGUCUUCCUCAUUGUCGUCCUCUGCCUCACCAUGCUUUGGAUGCUCUUGUACUCGACCGUCACCCACCGCGCAAACACAGACCACAUGAGUCAGGACGUCCAUGCGGGGCACGUGUGGCUCAGAGUUGGUCUAGUCCUCUUUGGCCUGCUCAGUCUGCUCAUGGACGUCUUCAAAAUGGCCAACUACAUCGGUUAUCUUCACUGCGACUCUGCUGUCAAAGUGGCCUUCCCUGCCGUGCAAGCAGUCUUCUUACUCAGCCAGACUUACUUCCUUUGGGUCCAUGCGAAGGACCGCGUGCAGCGCCACACUGACGUCACACGGUGCGGACUCAUGCUCACAAUUUCCACUAACCUGGUCGUGUGGAUGGCCACUGUCGCCGAAGAGUCCGUUCGCCAGAUGGAUGCUCCCUCUCUGAACGUCAGCUACGCCCCCAAUUUGUACAGAGACAGCUAUGACCAAGUUUCCAAGUGCAGCUGCAGUCAUUCUGCAUGCGACACCUUCAAGGAAGCCUUCUACUACCUGUACCCCUUCAACAUCGAGUACAGCCUCUUCGCCUCGGCCGCGGCUUUCGUCAUGUGGCGGAACGCGGGCCGUCCGGCGGACGAGCGACCCCGGCGCGGGCCCGAGUUCCGUCGCGGAGAGGCGCUCGUCGGCCCCGCGCUGGGCCUUCUCCUGGUCGCGGUAGGCGUCGUGACGUUGGUCGUGUACGAGACGCGGAUCGUGCUAGACGACGAGGCUCUGCGCCGCCACGCGCUCCUCAUCCACUUUGUCACCAACGUGGCGAUCGUGAGCCUGGCGUGCGUCUCCGCCGCGGCGGGCUGCGUAUUCCACCGACUGGACCGCCGAGAGCACGUGUCUGAGAAGAGCCCCGCCCGCGACCUGGAUGCGCAGCUGUUGGUGGGCGCUUCCACGGGCCAGUUGAUCAUCAACUACUUCUCCAUCGUGGCCGCGGUGGCGAAGGGUCCUCGGGACAUCCUGGACGUCCUCGACUUGUCUUGGGCGGUCCUUACCGUGCUGCAGGUGGGCCUGCAGAACUACUUUAUCAUCGAAGGCCUGCACAGGGAGCAGAAACGCUUGUCGACGGUGGCCCCGCGACCCGAUUGGAAGAGGAGAGUUCUGAAGGAAACGUGCGCCUUCCUGAUGCUUGCCAACGUCAUUCUCUGGAUCAUGCCCGCCUUCGGAGCCCGGCCUCAGUUCGACCACACGUUGGAGAUCAAGUUCUACAAGUUCAACAUGUGGACGGCCGUCGUCAACAUCGGACUCCCUUUCGGAAUUUUCUACCGCAUGCACUCGGUGGCCAGUCUCUUGGAGGUCUACGUCAUUUCCUAG